AUCCUGCUGCCGGGAGCUGUGUUGAGAGCACAGGCAAGCUGGGCUGUUGCACUAUGGAUGGCAGCAUUCAUGACAUUAAUACUGCCUGAGCCUCCCAAGGCAUUGGAUCGCAGUUGGCAUUUCUCUUUCAAGACUAUAUCCCAUUCAAAGGAUGAAGAGAUGACAGAGAAUGCAGUGACCUAUGAUGAUGUGCAUGUCGACUUCACUCUGGAAGAGUGGGCUUUGCUGGAUCCCUACCAGAAGAAUCUCUACAAAGAUGUGAUGCUGGACACUUACUGGAACCUCACUGCUAUAGGCUACAAUUGGAAAGACCAUAAUAUUGAAGAACAUUGUCAAAGUUCAAGAAGACAUGGAAGGUACACAGGAAGUCAUACUGGAGAAAAACCCUCUGAAUAUACUCACUUUGCAUAUCACAGGCAUCUUCAAAGGCAUGAAGGAAUUCAUACUCGAGAGAAAUCCUGUGAAUGUAAUCAAUGUGGUAAAAUUUUUACACACCGUAGUAGUCUUCGAAUACAUAAAAGGACACAUACUGGAGAGAAACCUUAUGAAUGUAAUCAAUGUGAUAAAGCCUUUGUAAGUCAUGGUCUUCUUCGGAAACAUAAAAGAACACAUACUGGAGAGAAACCUUAUGAAUGUAAUCUUUGUGGUAAAGCCUUUGCACAACAUUGUAAUCUUCAGAUACAUACAAGAACACAUACUGGAGAGAAACCGUACAAAUGUAGUCAAUGUGGCAAAGCCUAUGCACGUCACAGUCAUCUUCAAAUACAUAAAAGAACACAUACUGGAGAGAAACCCUACAAAUGUAAUCAGUGUGGUAAAGUCUUUUCGGAGCAAUGUAAUCUCCGAAUACAUGAAAUAACACAUACUGGAGUGAAAGCCUAUGAAUGUCAAGAAUGUGGUAAAACUUUUGCACAUCAGAGUUAUCUCCGUAUUCAUAAAAGGACACAUACUAGAGAGAAACCCUAUGAAUGUGAUCAAUGUGGUAAAGCCUAUUCACGUCACAAUCAUCUUCAAGUACAUAAAAGAAUACAUACUGGAGAGAAACCCUACAAAUGUAAUCAAUGUGGUAAAGCCUUUGCACAGCAAACUAAUCUCCAAAUACAUACAAGAAGACAUACUGGAGAGAAACCCUACGAAUGUCAUCAAUGUGGCAAAGCUUUUACAAGUAAUGGUCAGCUUCAAAUUCAUAAAAGAAAACAUACUGGAGAAAAACCUUAUCAGUGUAAUCAAUGUGGGAAAACCUUUGCACAUCAAGGUAGUCUCCACAUACAUAAAAAAAUACACACUGGAGAGACACCUUACAAAUGUAAUCAGUGUUUGGCAGCCUUUGCACAUCACAGUCAUCUUCGAAUACAAAAAGAACACAUUGGAGAGAAAACCUACAAAUGUAAUCAGUGUGGUAAAACCUGGAUAUAUCAGCUGUUUUCCAAAAUCAUGAGAAAAAGUUAUACUGCAGAGAAACCCUAUAAAUGUAGUGAGUGUGGAAAAGUUUUGCACUUCAUUGUAUUAAUACAAGAGUAAACCUUUUGUUGUGUAAUUGAUAUGUUAAGGCCUUUGCAUAUCAGAGUAGUCUUUGAGAACCUCAAAAAACUCAUACCGAAGGCAAUCUGAAAUGAAAGGAUUUGGUAAGAUCUUUAGCCAACAUAUCUAAUCCAGUUACUCAAGAUUGGAGGGAAAAAAUCUGACAAGUGUCAACAAUCUGUUCAAACAUUUGAUGUCCCUCUUUAUUCCAUUUGUACCACCAAAUACAAAUGGACGAAAGCCCUGUGAAUUUAAAAAAUAAGGUAACCCUUUCAGAUUUUACACUUUACUUCACUUACAUGAAAUAACUCAUUCAUGUAUAAAACUCUAUGGAUGUGUAAUAGUGCCUUUUCUGUUGCUGUGAUGAACAUAAUUUCCAAGCCACCUUAGGAAAGAGUUUAAUUUUCCCAUGGUUCCAGAGUGAUACAAGAUCACCAUGCAAGUGGCAGGGCUCCAAGUGUCAGGCUUAGCAGCCAAAGUAGCCUUCAGCAUGAAGCAGAGAGUGGGAAGUAGAAAUGGUGCAUGGAUGGAAAGUCUCAGGCCUGCCCCCGGGACACAUUUCUUCAGCCCAGCAGCAUUUUUUAAGUCUUCCCACAUGAUACCAUCAACUGUGAAGGAUUAAUUUCUCUGACUUCAAGCUGACAUGCUUGCUUUCUGUUACAUGAACCAAUUCAAGAUGAAUACCCUGUAAGUAAGCCUUUAAAUGCUUCAACACCUGUGUUACAGGCAUGAAUACUUCGACAAGAUAAAACAUUUAUGAGUGAAAAUUUGUUUAAAGAUUUGGUUUAAUUUUAAUUUUUGUGAUGUUAUUGUGUGGAUAUAUGAAUGUUAGACCCUAGGAUUCUCUUGUAGCAGGAAUUAUAGGUAGUUGUCAAAAACCUGACCUUGGUCCUGGGAAUGAACUUCUCUGCCAUAUCUCUAGCCCUGUAAAUAUUUUAGGCUUUUAAUAUCAUCUUGAUACCAGGAAAUAUGGAAGAACUCAGAGAAGAGAAAAAACCCUAUUUAUGGAAAUGAUUUUAUAAGACUAGACAUCACAGUUGUUUUCACUUUCAAAAAAAAAUUUCUGUUUCAUCUCUUUUUCAUUGUAACCUUCAAGUAAGUAAAUAAUUGACCAUGUUCACUCAACACUGAUGGUUGAAAUUACAGCAUUGUGAUUUCUACUUUGCAGUAUUUGGGGUAGAUAUUAAAAGUGUGUUGUUAUAUGUGUGCCCAAUUGAAACAAACAAAUUGAAACUGAAUUCACAACAGAAGAGUCUACAAUGGUUAGUAAGCACUUAAAGAAAUGUUCAACAUUCUUCACCAUCAAGGAAAAGGAAUUCAAAACUGCUUUGGUAUUUCAUCUUAUACCUGUCAGAAUGGCCAAGAUCAGUUGAGCAAAUGACAGAUCAUGGGGAACUCUCCUUACUUCCUGGUGGGAGUAUAAAGUUGCAUAGCCACUAUGGAAGUCAAUAUGGCAGUUCUUCAGAUAACUGAGAAUCUAUCUACUUAGAUGCAGCUAUACCACUAUUAGUCAUAUACCCCAAAAAUGUUCUUCCAUCUUACUACAAGUACACUUGCGUAACCAUUUUUAUAACAGCUUUCUUCAUAAUAAUCAUAAACUCCUAUGUUUGUGAGAGACUGUUGGUUGAUGAUUGAUGUGGGAUGGUUCUUCCUUUGAGGAAUAUCCCUUCUCAAGUGGGCCUCAGCUGGAUAAGAGCUAGUUAAGUAUGAGACAAUGACGGUGCAAGAGGAAAAGCCAAGAAAGAUUGUUUGUCAUGCUUUUUGUCUGCAGUUGCUAGCUUGAGUAUUUAUCAUAAGCUUCCAAAAUGACGGGCUGUGAUCUGACAGAAUCGAAAAACAAAACAAACAAACAAACAAAACCCAUUCAUUACCUGAGGUUCUUUUGGCUAAAGGAUUUAAUCACAGCAACAGAGAACCAUGUCACAACAACAACAAAAAAAAUGGGCCACCAAAAGUGAUGUUGUUGCUGCUGGUCAGAACCUGAUAAUACUGUCUUUUGGAAGAAUGUGGAAGAUUUCCAUAUUUAGAUUAGAAAAUGCCUGCAAAGCUGUACACAGAGCUUAACUGCCUCUUCUUGUAGAACCUGGAAGUAUUGAGAGUAAUACAGACAGUGGAAGUCGAGGUCAUAGAAGUUCAGUUGGAAAUAGACUCAAUGAAAAAGUAAGUUAGAGAUCAUUUAUGUGAUAUAUUGACCAAAAAUCUCUCCUAUUUUGCCCCAUGCCCUGAGAAAUUGAGUGAGAUAGCAUUAAAAAAUAAUGGCCUGCUUUCUUAGAUGGAGUAUUAAGUCUGUUGGAUGAUUAUUAGUGAUGCCUUAUUCAGGCCCACAGUUAAAAAGUCAGUAAGUGGGACAGAAAUAAGUGAAAAUGAUAAGGUAGUUUCAGAUGGCAGUCAAGUGCUGAAGCAGGUAGGAAUUUUCAAGGAGAUUUUCCCCUUUAAAGAGGAGGCCCUUGUUCUACAGUAGAAAAUAGCAAGGUGUCCUAAAACUGAUACUCCAUCAAUUAAUGGAAAGAUUAGGCAAAGUGAUUCCUAGUUGCAGAAAGCAGCUUUAUACAUAACCUGCUGCAAUUGUGGUCCAAGUGAGACAAGUGCCAUCCUAAUUAAGAAGCUGGCCUUGGCAGGAUCUUCCAUGUUGUGCUGGUUCUGGAAACAGGAAAGAAUCAAAACUUCAGGUUAGGAGUCCAUGGUCUGUGGUUUUAGUUUAGCACUGUUGCAUGUAUCAAUAUUUGGCAGAGUCAGAGAUGCAGUGUUGUGAGUUCAUUGCUUGAAGCUGUGAGAAUGAAGCUUGGGUUGCAUUUUGAGACCAUAAGAUGUUGAAAUAUCUAAGCUAUGAGACAUAUUCCAUGAAGAGAUGUAUGAUAAGUUGCAGGAAAAAAAUGAGGCACCUAAGCCCUUUGAAACCGAAGCUCCAUGUGUCUCAGACAGAGCUACAGGAUUUGGUGUUUGCCCUCCUGGGUUUCAGUUUUGCCUUAGUCCAAUCUCUCCUUACUAUGUCUCUGUUCUUCUCUUUUGGAACAGUAAUGGGUAUUCUGUAUCAUUGUAUGUUGGAAAGAUGUAACUUGUUUUCCGAUUUUUCAAGAUGUCACAGUGAAUCUAUUGCCUUGAAUGUCCGAAGAGACUUUGGACAUUUAAACAGUAUAGGGGCUGUUGAAGGCUAUGAUAUUAAAGUUAGAGUAAGUACAUUUUUUUUUAAUGGAAUGGUCAUGAGUCUGUAGUGACCUGAGUCAGAAUGUAGCCAAUUGAAUGAAAAGCGUCAGAUAGGAUGGUUUAUUAGAAUACUUACUUCUCUAUGGUGAGUAUCUUUGGGAUGCUUGUAGAACCUUUAGGACUCACUGGAGAUGGGAUUUGCAUGUUUAUACAUAACCUCAACCAUUUUCUGGUCUUUGUGUCCUUUUGUCAUGACUUCACCAUCACUGUAGAUGGUAUCUCUAAAGCACAUGAGAUACAGUUGAACAAUUGCUAUUCAAUGCAAUUUGUUAGGCUGAUUUUUUUUUAUUGUUUUCAUUUCUGUUUUUUUUAAGGCAAGGUUUAUCUGUGUAGUACUGGCUAUUCAGAAUGUAACCCUGUAGACCAGGCUGGCUUCAA